AAGACCAAGUCUCGGGCACCAUUGGUUAUUCUUCACGCUACAAUCAUAAGCUACCCUUCAAAUACCUAUAGAGUGGAUAUUAUUACCAAAUACACGGGUACACCCAGAGCCCGCGGGAACCGCCAUCCAAUGUAUGAGUGUAUAUAAUCAAGUGAGAAGAAAUUUUUUUUCUCCGGUAAUGGAUAAAAUACUACACUAAGCCUGUAUAGUACUAGCACACUAUUGCUGCCAUCCCACGCCCAUGCAGUUCUCCCUUCUAGAACACUUCUCGAAGCCACGUCCUGAAAACCUUGUUUUUCGCCGUAAAAGACCACGGGUGUGGCAUGUGACCAAACCAAGGGUGGACUUGUACGCCGCUGUCGCAAGCUCUUACUUCAUAUUGGCAUUGCCCUGGAGGUUAUAUUUAAGUGUGUUAUGGCACCAAUUAGAACAGCGGCAUUAGAUAUGGCUAAGUGGGUUUUGAUGUAUUGCGCGGGUUAGCUGUAGCACGGAGGACCGUGUAUAGUUUAGUUCGGUAGAUUUAAUAUCUGCAAUGGGGUAUCUGUCUUGGUUUUUCACAGUGGUGUAUCUCCACAUUGAUAACCAAGUCAGCAAUGCUGCAUUGCUGCUAUCAAGUCCGUUACGAUGGGUUAUGAGUCUCAAAAUGCUUUACCGCUCCACACAUUCGGCCGUUGAUAUUUCUCAACGUCUGCCCAUCAUAUGAGUAUCCAUAAUAACUAGCACUAAAGGUUUUUUUGAAG